AUGCCAACACUAUUGUCGGUCAUCACUGUUAACCAUGAWGUUAACGAUUCAGUAAUUAAUUUAAAAGAAAAACACAUAAAAAUUGAAAUGAAAAACACACAAAAAGAUCGACCAAAAGUGUUGAUCACAAGACAUAAGAUGACUAAACAAAGACAUACGAUGUCUAAAAUGCCAACAAUUGUUAGCAAAGUCGGCAAACAAUUCGAGAAAAAGGCAUUAAAUAGAUUCGAAAAGAUUCGAUCUACGGACGACGACCCGAGCUAUGAAAUGAAUGUGUUGGCCACGAGUCACACCCUAUCCCGUCCACAGUCGCCUAAAUGGGAUCCAUUAGAACAGCUGUACAAACGGGUAGAAAUGGGCGAAAGUGGACAUUCAAUGAACAUCGAACAGGAUCUCAAAGCUCUGGAUGAACUCGACUUUAUUAUUGACUAUCCGAAGGAACAAAUCUAUUAUAUAGACAUCCAUCAAAUGUCGAAAGAGAUCGAAGAAAUUGAAGGACACAAAAAACUUGAAACUAUUUGCCGUUAMAACUCUAACCUGAAGAAGCGCGAGGCCUACGAAAUGGAUAAGUUUAUCAUGACUUUUGCCAACCAUCUAAAUAUAUGUCCCAUUAAGAUGACCAUCAAUAUGGGUCUGAAGUAUCUUCACGACAGCCGUAUAUUUCACGGCGACAUUCAUUUGGGAAAUCUGUUGAUAUUUUACGAGAAUAACGAUUUGGUGGCCAAAUGGACUGAUUUUGGUUUGAGUCACAUGAGUACUGCCGGACGUUACGUAUGGAAUAAGUAUACCGAUCGGGAUAUUGAACUGAGUUUUCAUAUAGAUAUCGCUUACUUGUACUCAAUAUUGUUGGACUGUUGGAAAGGUAGGCAAAUAAAGACUGAAUUGCCAAACGAAACACAGACAUUACCGAAAAUUAUGGACGAAGACAUUGUCAUCAGUGGUAUGAGUGGCCGAUUCCCGAAGUCCGACUCCACCGAUGAAUUCGCUCAUAACCUAUACAAUGGAGUCGAUAUGAUUACCGCCGAUGAUGACCGUUGGCCUACAGAAAUCGACAAAUUUGACGGCAAUUUCUUUGGUAUUAUGCCUACAAUGGGUGACACCGUUGACCCGCAGUCGAGAAUACUUUUGGAGACUACUUAUGAGGCCAUCGUUGACUCUGGAAUAAAUCCACAGUCACUUCGCGGAUCAAAUACAGGUGUUUAUAUCGGUUACACAACUUUUGCAAUGCCUGAGGGCAUACCAGAAGAGGUACAGCCAGACUCACAAAAUUCAUUAACCGAAACAUUGCUAUGGAUUCCGGGAAACUCCAAGUGCUUGUAUGCCAAUCGCAUAUCAUUUGUGUUUGACUUUAAGGGUCCGUCAUUAGUGACCGAUACGGCCUGUUCCUCCAGUUUAGUGGCAUUCAAUCUGGCCAUCAAUGAUCUUCGAUUAGGAAAGUGUGAUCAGGCAAUAGUCGGUGGCUCACAGCUAAAUCUUCAGCCCUUCACUAAUCAUGUUUUCCAAACUACACGAUUAAAUUGUUUGGAUGGCAUUCCUAAAGUAUGGGAUGAAUCUGCCGAUGGAUUUGUUAGGGGAGAGACAGUCGCUUGUCUUUUCCUCCAAAGAAAGAGUAAUUCAAAGCGUAUUUAUGCCACAGUAUUGAACAGUGGUGUCAACAUUGAUGGCAACAAAACUAUGGGAAUGUUUUUCCCUUCUUCUGAAGGACAGGAAGAUCUAAUGAUUAAAGUUUACAAAGAAGUUAAUGUGGAUCCACUGGAUGUCAAUUAUUUUGAAGCUCACGCCACAGGAACUAAGGCUGGCGAUCCUCAAGAGGCGAAAGCCAUAUACAAUGCUUACUGUAAACUACCGAACCGUUCGGGAACUCUACCCAUUGGUCUAUUAAAGAGUAAUAUAGGACACACAGAGAGUGCAUCGGGUAUAUCAUCGGUGAUCAAAGUUCUGAUGUCAUAUGAAAAUGAAUGCAUACCUCGUAAUCUUCAUCUUAAAAAUAUCAAGACUUCCAUCGCUGAUAUGUGUCCGCCAUUGGUUCCCAUUCAAGAAAAUUUAAAAUAUAAUCCAGGUAUCGCUGGUGUCAAUAACUUCGGUGUCGGCGGUGUUAACGCACACGUAUUACUUGAGCCCAACUAUAAAGUGGUCGAUGACUACCAGCUCAAUAUUGCUGAUACUAUUCCCAGAAUUAUCAAUAUUUGCUGCAGAACUGAAUCGGCAUUAAAUCAAAUGUUUGAUUACAUUCAGAACAAUCCGAAGAAGAUUACCCGCGAUUUUCUGGCGCUUUUGAGCGACACUAUGAAGAACCAGCCGUUCAUUAAUUCAUCAGGUCUUCCACAUCGAGGUUCAAUGAUAAUAAAGCAAAUCACAAAUGAGAACAACGAUAUUGAAUACAAAUAUCAAAAACAGUCUGCAAUUUUAGUCGAUAAAAAUGUUAGACCGGUUUGGUUUUUAUAUCCCGGUUUGGGUGGACAAUGGGUUGGUAUGGCUAAGGCAUUGAUGCCGAUUAAGAUAUUUGCCGAUAAAAUAGAGGAAUGCCAUGAAAUACUCAAACAAUUUGGAAUAGACUUAAAACAUUUGCUAUUAUCUGAUGACAAGAACUCCAUGUCAUCGAUGACCAAAAAGUUUUGUUCGACUACUGCUCUGGAGAUUGCAUUAACAGAUCUGAUGAAAUCACUUAAUAUAAUACCGGACGGCAUAAUUGGUCACUCAUUUGGUGAGAUUGCCUGUGCYUACGCUGAUGGCUGUCUAUCUACUUCAGAGGCACUGUUCAUAACAUACAUUAGAGGAUCCAUUACUGAAAAUGAUAAGAAAAUACCAAAAGGUYUGAUGGCUGUGGUAGGCAUCUCAUGGAGUGAAGCCAAGAAAUUAUGUCCGAAAAAUAUUUACGUUGUCUGCAAUAACUCAAAAGAUACGGUCGUUUUUUCGGGUCUAUAUAAUGAAAUGAAAGAACUGAUUGAAUCGUUGAAAAAGAAAGGACUGUUUGUUCGUAUAUUAGAGAGUCAUGACAUCCCAUAUCACAGUACAUAUCUGAUGUCAUCGGCAAAGAAGAUGACCGACGAAAUCAAGAAAUGGGUUCCAAAUCCUAAAUCAAGAUCUAAAAAAUGGAUUUCAACGGCAAUUCUUGAGUCUGAUUUAAGAAAUGAAGAUUUGAAGUAUGCGUCGGCAGAAUAUUUCGUUCAUAACCUCAUUAGUCCCGUAUAUUUCUACAAUAAGCUACAGACUAUUCCCGAUAACGCUAUUGUGGUUGAGAUCGGACCGCACGGUCUUUUCGCUAAAACAAUAACCUCAACUCUCGAGUCGUCCACUUAUUUGUCACUCAUUAAGCGUGACUCCAAUGACACCAAUUUAGACAAUUUUAUGUCAGGUUUGGCCAAAUUGUAUGAACUGGGAAUCAAUCCGUCCAUUGAAAAUCUAUACCCUAAAGUUGAGUGGCCAGUGGCUAGAAAUACACAAUCAAUCAGUUCGCUGAUGUGUUGGGAUCACAAUAAAAAUUAUUUUGUGCGCAAAUAUCCUGAUUUUUACUUUAAAGGUACAUCAUCUGACAUGAAUGAGACAAUCAAUCUUCAGCGCCAAUACAAAGUCUAUUUACCCGAUCACUCGAUUGACGGUAACAUACUAUUCCCCGGAACCGGUUAUCUGAUGCUUGUAUGGCGACAUUUGGCCGCUAAAAAGGGUCGGAUAUGGAAUCAGAUUCCAGUUGUGUUUGAAGACAUACAGUUUAGGCGUCCAGUGUUUUUAUCGGAUACAGAAAUCACAAAACUUAAAGUCAAAAUACACGAAAGUACAGGCGAUUUUGUUGUUGAAGAAAAUAACAACACCUGUUGUUUGGGAAAAAUCUUCUGUCCGGAUGAAGACUUUCUGUGUGUUCAACAUAUCAUACAUGACAUUCAAAGUGAGAAACCAUCGGAAAGUGAGGUCACUCUAACAACCGAUGAUAUCUAUAAAGAUUUACGAUCUGUUGGCUAUGAUUACGGACCAUUCUUUCGUGGUAGAAUGGAAUGGUAA